CGUUGCAUUCACACGUUGAUAAUCUAUGGUGUGAUAAAAGUUGAUUAGAGAUCCGAAUCGCGCAAAACUGCGCGAGAAGAGUGAUGCGCAAAAAGUGUAAUCGAUGUGAUGUUUCGCUGUAACGAGGUGGGUGAUGAUACUAACGGUGGACUUUAUAUUUUCGAUUAAUUUACGGUGUCCCCCGGAUUCCAAAACUCGCUGUCAUGAUAUCGAGGACAUCGCGAUAGAGAAUGCCGAUACAGGCACCACAGUGGACUGAAUUUCUGUCAUGUCCAAUUUGCUGUCAUGACUUUGACGCAACCAUACGAGGUCCUAUAUCGCUUGGUUGCGGUCAUACAAUAUGUCGCGCCUGUCUCGCCAAUUUGCAUCGCAAGCAGUGUCCUUUUGAUCAGAGUGUUAUCAACACUGAUGUCGAAAGAUUGCCAAUAAAUGAGGCAUUGUUGCAAUUGCUAGGCAAUCCUAUUUCCGUUGUUUCAUCAGCAUCCGUGACAAAUCAGCAGCAAAAUUAUCAGAAGUUGUUGCCAGUUGACCAACAUACUAAUUAUCUACGAGCCAAGAAUUGCAUUGAGGAGCUUGCACUUUACCUCAAGCCAUGUCAGACCACUAACACCGCAGGUAUUGGAAGCGGGGGCGGAGGGCUAGUGUCCCGACCAAUGCAACGUAAAUUGGUGACACUGCUAGGCUGUCAGUUAGUGGAACCAGAGGGUAGAGCGCGCGCGUUGCGCGCCGCUCGUAGUCUUGGCGAACGCACCGUUACCGAACUUAUACUACAGCACCAAAACCCUCAACAACUUAGUGCUAAUCUCUGGGCGGCUGUGCGUGCUCGCGGUUGCCAAUUCCUUGGACCAGCAAUGCAAGAAGAGGUACUAAAGCUUGUGCUGUUAGCAUUAGAGGAUGGUUCAGCCUUAUCGCGCAAGGUGUUGGUGAUGUUUGUGGUACAGCGUUUGGAACCACACUUUCCACAAGCCAGUAAGACUAGCAUCGGUCAUGUGGUACAGCUUCUGUAUCGAGCAAGUUGUUUCAAGGUAUCCAAGCGCGAAGGCGAUUCAUCGUUGAUGCAACUAAAGGAAGAGUUUCGUACUUAUGAGGCGUUGAGACGCGAGCAUGAUGCGCAAAUUGUACAAAUCGCCACAGAGGCGGGACUGCGCAUUGCACCUGACCAAUGGUCAGCUCUGCUUUAUGGCGAUACCGCACAUAAGUCUCAUAUGCAGAGUAUCAUUGAUAAAUUGCAGACACCACAAUCAUUUGCCCAGAGUGUCCAAGAACUUGUGAUAGCAUUGCAACGUACUCCAGAUCCUGGGCAAUUGAGUGGUCUCAGGCCACAAUUGGAAUUAUUGGCCGCCAUUGAUCCCAGUCCAGAAACGGAACCACCAAGCUUGGCUGAGUGUCGGGCGGCUUUAGAGGCUGUAAGAAUAGUUGUAGCUGCGUUGGUAGACUUUGUUCGACAGCAUGGAGGCGGCAGUGCCAGUAGCGGAAAUCGAAAAUCGGCGACACAGGACAGUGGAGGCGGCGGAUCUGGCGGAGGUCUGUGCCCGGGUUCGGCAACUGGCAAGUACAAAGUCAGCAUGUGCAGAGAUUUGGCCCUUCGCGGCACUUGUCCGCGAUCUAACAAUUGUACUUUUGCCCAUAGCGACACUGAGCUUGAUAAGUACAGAUCGAAAAAUCGCAAAUUGAAUGUCAGAACAAAUUCGAACCAGGUAGAAUCAAAAAGCGAGAAGAAUAACAAGACUUUUAAUAAACAGAAUGGCGAUUUAACGGCUUAUCAUUCUGCCAAAACACAUGAUAGAGAAACGGCCGUGCAACAUCCGACGCCAAUUCCGACCAACUUAGAAAGUAACUUGAUCGACUCAUUUACGUCGACCUACAUGUUGCCGUCUGCACCCCCGCAAAACUUACCGCAUCUCGGUCUAUGUUCUGUGAAAGGUGGACCUAUGGUAGACGGCGGAGGAUCUCCUGCCAUCCCAUGUACAGGGCAUUACAUAAUGUCACCAGGAUCCGUUGCAACUGUCGAUUACGGGUCUUCCCCGCCGACCACGACAAAUCUAGGAAUGUGGGACACUCCGCAAAUCGUACCGGCAAACCAUGUAACAAAUGACAAAAAACAACGAACGGCGAAAACUAUGUUGACAAUGCUAUUGCAACGUAGAAUGGAGAUUCUAAAUCAACUGGAAACAAUUAUUGGCAAGCAGCAGCAGCAGCAACUAAUCGCACCGCAAAUGAAAACGAAUUAUGAUCUUCGACAGGAGAGUGACAUGUCGUUGACUACGUCUAAUAAUUUCUCGAUAUGGGCCGCCGCGAACAGUCUUCGCUGUCCUUCUGGAACAGAUUCGCCACCGGCUUCGCAUCUAUUUGACGAUGAUACAUCCUUUGUGCCCUUGUUAGACAUGCCUCCUACAGCCUCUUUACCACCAGUUAGCAAACAGGGGUCUAUUUCGAGACUAUCUAAAACUCUGAUAAGAACUCCCUGUAAUGGACCUCUGCAGCACUUUGCAAGUUUUUAUAAUGAGGGAAUUGGACCUACUUCUGCGCAGUCCGCCGCAUUCAGGACUCCAGGGUCUCUAACUUCCAUGUAUUAUGGCAAUCAACCAUAUGUGACAAUUGGCGCGAAUGGUAUACAGUCUAUGGCGCCGGCAAAUCACGGUGAUAGUGGUAGCGGAAGCGGUUUCGUGAGUGAAAAUUACAUCACUCUCGGCCGCAAUAUCGUCGCACCGGAAUCGCUACCGCAAUUUUCGAGAUCGGAAUACAUGUCGAAAGACUUGAUCCUCGAAUCACAAAAAGUAAAACAGCAACUCAGACAUCUCGAGAAGAAACUUAAUGACUUAAAGCUGGCGACGCAAGGAGCUACUAUUUUCACUGCAGGCGAAAGGCUGGCACAAGAAUUGCAGAUGAUUGAAGCAGGCAUCAGAGAAAGAGAAAGAGAUAUGCGAAAUUGGAGCUGCAAUCCAUAUGGUGCUGGUACCACCACAUUUCCAUGGAUCCAGCAACCAUCUAAUGAUUGGCUGUCAAAUCAGGAAUAUAAUCAAGAUUAUAAAAUUGAGGAACAGGAGGAUACAUACGAAGCGGGAAUUGCGAACGACAUGCGAGAGCUGGAAUUGCGAUGGGAAUUCGAGCUGCGAGAGCAGGAGAAACAUUGGUCCAGUGGAGGGAAGACAAAAAGAUAAGGUAAUAAGAUUAAUGAAGAAGAGGUGAUUUAUGGAGUUUGUUAAAAUUUAGCAAUAAUAUGUAGUCAGUGUUUUAUAAACAAUGACUCGGUGAAAUAUGAAAACAUGUAGACAAAUAUAUUAAAUAAUUAUAAACGGCUCGUAUACUCUUCAUCGAUGAUACGACAUUAUAUGCAAAUAUAAUAAAUAAUACAUUCGAAAAGAAUGCUGAUUGCGCUUAACCUGAUCGACAAGGUUACUCUUUCUAUUAUCUCUUGCAAUGAUAAUAAUAACGCGUUAUUAUAUAUUACACGCUUAUACAUUGUAGAUAUAUUAUAUAUUACAAAAAACCGCGUUCCUUUGGAGGACGUUCUAUUUAUAAAAUUUCUAUAUUCUGGAAAAAGAUGGAAAGAGAAACGAAAUCACCCUAUCUCGAUAUUGAUGACGGCUCCUUUUGUAUAUUAUUUUAUUUCAAAACAAUUUUCAUAAUCAAAUCUCUGAAAUCUCCAGAAACGCGAAAAACUUUUAUGUGUUUAUUAUUAAAAAAUUAAUAAAACCUGAAAUAUAUUUUAUAUAAUUACAAUCAUACACAUGACAAGAGAUUAAUCUGUUCAAAUUUCCGUGUAUAAUAUAGAUAGAGAGAUCCUUUUACAUAUUUAUUAUUAAAAUUAUUUGUGACAUUCUAUAUUUCGGAAAAGGAGGGAAGGGAGUGUGAAUUAAGAAGCCGUUUCGAAAGAGGAGAGUUUCGUUAUCUUUUUUAGUAAACUGUUGCAUCCAAAUAGUCUCUUUUCUUCUAUUUUUACAGAAUAACAAAGAGCGAUAAGAGAACAGUUCCAGUUUUAAUGGAAGCAACAUUUUUUUUUAUGUAUAGAUGAGGUCUCUCAUCGAAUUUACCUUCUAAGCCUUCAGAACGAACUAUAAUAUGUUCGAAUAGAAGUUAUCGUUUUUUCUUUUUUUCUAUUAAAAGAAUUAUCGAUAAUUUAAAUCACUUUUUUUAACAGUAGUACAUAUGCAUACAUACAUAUACAUACAUGGGGACAGUAAUAUUUUAACUUAACACAAAUUUAUGCAUAUAAAUAUGCAUUUUUAUAUGCCUUGACAUAUAUUUAAAUUUAUGUGUUAAAGCAUUUCUGUUGCCGAGUAUACAUAUGUUUAUAUAGCAUAAAAUUAAUGCAUUUUGUGUUCUUUUAUAAAUUAAUUGGAUUAUUAAUUGAGUUCUAUUCUUUCAAAAAAAAAAAAAGAAAAAUGUGCUAAAUAAAAUUGGGAAAUUUAUUGACAUUAUCUUUUUUCUUAAAUUUUAUACGAAAUAAAUUUUUUUACAUAUUUAUUUUACAAAUUAUAUGACAAAAAAGUAGAUCCGAUACUAAUUUUUAGGAAAAUGGAAAGAUCAUGAAAAAUUUAAUGCGCAUAAAUUUUUUUUCUAAAUUUUGGAUGAAAUUAAAAUUAUAUAUAUUAUUUUACAUUUUAAUUUUACAUUUUAAAUUUCAUAAAAAGUGCAAAAUAAAAUAAAAAAAUUAACGUAUUAAUCUUUUGCACACAUAUAUCUUUUCGUCGAAACAUAUAUAAGAAAUUCAUAUAGCGCUAAUUGUAUGGCAAUAAUUGAAUCGUUUAAAAGAAAUGAAGAAAUUAUAUCAGUUUUGUAAUUUGAUUGAUAAUGUUUCUGUUAUUAAUUAAAUUUUAAUUAUUUGAUUGCUUAUCGUUAAUUUUUAGUUGAGAUUAACAUAUAUAUUUACCAAUAACAUGUAUUUAAUCUUAAUCAGACACACGCACACACACACACACACACACACACACACACAUAUGCAUAUGAGUUUUGUAUGAUUAUUUCUAAUUAAUUAAUUAUACCAAAAUAACCAGUUAAUUGCAGAGUUUUUAAAGAGUUGGCCUGAAUGCAAUUAUCUUAAAAGAACUUAGUGCAAUUUUCAUUCGUUUCUGUUCAUUAUUAUACUGCAAUAAUAAUCGUACACUCGCGCGCGUGAUAAAAGUUGUUUAUUAUCAAUUUUAUUAUAAAUUUUAUUUAUAUAUAUAUAUAUAUAUUUUUUUUAAUCUUGCUAUUUAUGCGGUACAUAAUAAUUAUGUAACGGAUGGCAUUAUGAAAAAUUUCAUUAAAAGGGUUUUUUCUUCAAUAAUAAGAAAUAAAUUUAUUCUCUUGAAUAAGAUUUCUUCAAUUAUUUUUUCUA